UUAUGGAACAUGUUGCACCAAAGAAAUUGAGGAAGAUGGAAAGUUAAUGGAAUCUUUAAUAGUUCCUUUAGCAAGUAAUAUGAAACGAAUGUCAUGCUUUUAAGCAAGAGAUAAACCUGCUGCAUAGCCAGAGCUAGACCCAACAACGGACUGAUGGAGGUGUGCAGCAAAAUGGGUUGAGUGAGUGCAGAACUACCUUAUUCCACUUUUAGUUGUUCUUGCACUGUCUUCAUUUUUGCUUCAGAGAGAACUACAUAUCUAAAUGGGUUUGUUAAGUUGGCAAAGAAGAACAGACAGCCUCUGGUGGAAUUCUGUAUUCAUCAUGUUGUCUCACCAGUGCUGGAUGAGCUGAAACUUCCUGUGUCUUGGGGAGAGCAUGUAUAAAAGGAAUGACCUCAUGGCCAGUGUGAUGGUCACCUCCGCCACUCCAGAGGGUAGUAGCAGCUCAGAUUCUCUGGAAGGGCGAAGUUCAGAUUAUGCCAAUAAAAGCUACGAUGCAGUUGUAUUUGAUGUGUUGAAAGUAACUCCUGAGGAGUUUGCUAGCCAGAUUACAUUGAUGGAUAUGCCAGUAUUUAAAGCUAUACAGCCUGAGGAACUAGCCAGCUGUGGAUGGAAUAAGAAAGAAAAACAUAUCCUUGCUCCAAAUAUUGUUGCCUUUACUAGGAGGUUUAACCAGGUCAGAGUUUUUGGGGUACGAGAAAUACUAACAGCACAGACCCUAAAAAUAAGGGCAGAAAUAUUGAGCCAUUUUGUGAAAAUAGCUAAAAAGCUUCUAGAACUGAAUAACCUUCAUUCUCUUAUGUCCGUGGUGUCAGCACUGCAAAGUGCACCUAUCUUCAGACUGACCAAAACCUGGGCUCUUUUGAAUCGCAAAGACAAGACCACCUUUGACAAGUUAGACUAUUUACUGUCUAAGGAAGAUAAUUAUAAAAGGACACGAGAGUAUAUCAGAAGCUUAAAAAUGGUUCCUACUAUUCCAUAUUUAGGAAUUUAUCUCUUGGAUUUAAUCUACAUUGAUUCUGCAUAUCCCGCUUCAGGCAGCAUUAUGGAGAAUGAACAAAGAUCCAAUCAAAUGAACAAUAUUCUCCGAAUAAUAGCUGAUCUGCAAGUCUCCUGUAACUAUGAUCAUCUUACAACACUGCCCCAUGUGCAAAAGUAUUUGAAGUCUGUCCGUUACAUUGAAGAACUUCAGAAAUUUGUAGAAGAUGACAAUUAUAAAUUAUCAUUAAGAAUUGAGCCAGGUAACAGCUCUCCUCGACUGGUUUCCUCCAAAGAAGAUCUUGCAGGUCCAUCUGACGUGUCAGCAAUUGUGAAAUUCAGCAGGAGACCCACAUGUCCUGAUGCCUCAGUAGCAGCAAGUCUACCUACACCUCCUGUACCAAGGCACAGGAAGAGUCACAGCCUGGGAAACAACAUGAUGUGUCAGUUCAGCGUAGUGGAGAGCAAAAGCGCCACCUUCCCGACGGAGAAGCCACGCCACCUCCUGGAUGACAGUGUUCUGGAGUCGCACAGCCCGGCCCGCAGCCACGCACUGAACUCGCUUUUCACCAAUGGCCUUUCCAUAGAUAGCAGUGAAAGCUCAGAAUUUAGUGAGGAGCUGCCAUCAGGGCUUGAAAGGGGUCGUUUAUAUGCCACGCUGGGGCCUAACUGGAGGGUACCGAUCCGGAAUUCUCCUAGGAGUCGAAGCUGUGUCUACAGCCCAACAGGGGCCUGCAGCUGCACAUUAGGUAGUUCCACAGGAGUCAUUACCAUGGAAGGGCCGUUAAGAAGAAAAACAUUGCUCAAAGAAGGCAAGAAACCUACUCUCUCCUCAUGGACUAGAUACUGGGUUAUGCUUUCAGGAUCAACUCUUCUGUACUUUGGAGCAAAAUCUUUAAGAGGCACUGAAAGAAAACAUUAUAAAUCUACACCUGGUAAAAAAGUCUCCAUUGUGGGCUGGAUGGUGGCACUGCCUGAUGACCCUGAGCAUCCUGAUAUUUUCCAGCUAAAUAACCCUGACAAAGGCAAUGUUUACAAGUUCCAGACUGGUUCAAGGUUUCAUGCAAUAUUAUGGCAUAAGCAUUUGGAUGAUGCAUGCAAAAGCAACAAGCCUCAGGUACCUGCUAAUCUAAUGUCAUUCGAAUAAUUUGCUCUCCUACCUGAUGCGACUUCAAGUGCCAAACUGAAGAAACAGGCUAUUGUUCUCUAAGGAGGAAGAGGAGAAUGGUUUUCCUGACAUGAGCCAGCCACAAAUAUUUCAGCACUUUCCUAUGUAACUUGAAAGUGAUUCUGACACAGCUUUUAAAAGCAGAAAGUGAAUGUUGUCCUUAGGACCAGAUAUAGUCUCAUGCACUGAGUGAAAGCAGACAAGUUAGAUGGACAGA